CUUCGGAUCAAUGUUUUUGUGGUGCUGCAGCGCGGCAAAGUGUUGGAUCCACGGUUUUUAUAGUCCAGUCUGUAGGCGUGCCUUCCAGGUGUAAUUUGACACUGGAUUUGUUGGAGUUAUUUUUUUAAAAGUGGAGGAUCCGUGCAGAUCCGCCUUUAACCCAGACCCCGCACUUUCGCCUACCGCGUUGCAAGAUGCAGUUCCUGGGUUAUGUUGCGAAUGCAGCGGCAGCAGCCAAUCGCAAAGCGGGUUUCCUUCCGACGAGCCAAUAGGCGCGAGCCCCUCUGUUGCUUUCCUUCCGGGAGCCGUUUUGCAAACAAGCUGGGUCCCGGGGCUCGUGCAGAGAAGGGGAGGCGGAGACUUGUGCGCCGCUUGAGGUUUUGUUGCAAGCGUGCAACCACCAGCAGCAGCGGUCCGUGAUGUCUCGCUUCUUCCAAAGUGUCUCCGCUAAGCGCACAGAGAGUCAAGGGGGACCAAGCGUGGAAGAGCAGCACUUGAGGCAAUGGGGGCUGGCAGGCAUUCAUCUACGCCCCUAUCAGAUGGAAGGAGUAAACUGGCUGACACACUGCUAUGAAACCUGGCAUGGCUGCAUCCUGGGUGAUGAAAUGGGUCUUGGGAAGACUUGCCAGGCUAUUUCUCUGCUUGUUGUCUUAAGUGGGAAGCUUAAUAAAAGGCCGUUUUUGAUCCUUUGCCCUCUGUCUGUGUUAAACAACUGGAAGCAGGAACUAGAAAGAUUUUCUCCAAGUCUUUCCCUCGUGACGUAUUCAGGAAACAAGGAAGAAAGAACUGAGCUACAGCAGGACUUCAAAUCAAAUCAUGAUUUCCACAUUCUGCUGACUACUUACGAGGUGUGCCUUAGAGACACAGCAUUUCUGAAACGUUUCAGCUGGGCUUGCCUUGUUGUGGACGAAGCUCACAGACUGAAGAAUCAGGAUUCACUACUUCAUAAAGUACUCUUUGAGUUUACAACGGACUUCAACCUCCUGCUGACGGGCACUCCCAUUCAGAACAGCCUCCAAGAGUUAUAUGCCCUGCUUGCUUUCAUUGAACCAGCUACAUUCCCCAAGGAGCUGGUGGAAGAAUUUGUUCGCUAUUAUCAUGGAAUUGAAAAGGAAAGCAAAGUAGCCAAAGAACUGCACAGUCUCUUGCAGCCCUUCUUGCUCAGAAGAGUGAAGGCUGAUGUGGCAGCCGAACUCCCCAAGAAAGAGGAGGUGGUUCUCUACCACGGGAUGUCAGCCUUGCAGAGAAAGUUUUACAAGGCUGUUUUGAUGAAAGACCUAGAUGCAUUUGAAAAUGAAUCGGGGAAGAAAGCCAAGCUCCAGAAUGUGUUAGUUCAACUCCGGAAAUGUGUAGCUCAUCCGUAUCUGUUCAAUGGUAAGAAGGCCGUCCAGGACCAUAGUUGCUGGUGCUGCUGUCGAGGCAGUUGGUUUGCUGUUCUUGUCACAGGCAUUCAGCCGGGACCCAGCAAGAAGCGGCGUAAAUUGAGCCCAGAAGAACUGGCGGCUCGACAGAGGAAGCGGCAGGAGGCAGCAGCAGAGAGGGCCAGGCUCAGGGAAGAGAAGAAGCAGAAGAAGGCAGAAGCUGAGCACCAGAAGAACGCUGACAGCAGCGAAGAGGAGACAGAAAGAGAUUUAGAAAGUGGGAUGGGUGCGGAUUUGGAGUACGCAGACCCUGACCUGAGCUCCAUCAAGUAUGUUAUAGGUGAUGUUACCCACCCCUCUGCAGGAGAAGAGGAUGCCAUCAUUGUGCAUUGUGUAGAUGACUCGGGCCGUUGGGGAAGAGGAGGCUUGUUCACAGCUCUGGGGAAGCGCUCUGACCAUCCAAGGAAAAUAUAUGAGCUGGCAGGAAAGAUGAAAGACUUGACAUUGGGAGGAACUCUUUUAUUCCCCAUCGAUGAUAAGGAAUCCAGAAACAAAGGACAUGACUUGCUGGCCCUUAUUGUAGCACAGCACCGAGACCGUUCGAACAACUUGUCUGGAAUUAAUCUCCCUGCUUUGGAAAGGGGAUUAAAGAAAAUUUAUCUUGCGGCCAAGGAUAGAGAUGCAAGUGUCCACCUGCCCCGCAUUGGAUACUCAACCAAAGGUUUUAAUUGGUAUGGGACAGAGCGUCUUAUCCGGAAGUACUUGACAACAAAAGGCAUCCCCACAUUUGUAUACUACUUUCCUAGAAAGAAGGCAUCAUCUUCACAAGCAUCCACAUCAGCAUCAUCACUGCAACCAUAAAGGUGUUAAAAAAUCAAUUAGAAAUAACCACUCACAGUUCACAGCGCUGCUUCCUGCUCUUUCUGCAGCCAGUCAAGAUUCAUGUUGACUUUCUUUAUAAUUGUUUAUUUAAGCAGGCACACAAGAAGCAUGUUUAGAAAUCUGUCUCUCUAUAUCAGUGAUGCGCACCAGAAAUUUAGACAGAGUUCCAUCAUGCAUCCAAGUUUUU